CCAAUGCAGCCGCCAUCCACGCACAAGCAAAGAAGCAUGUCCCAUUUAAAUACACCCACGCAGCCCCAGCGCCCUUAGCCGAUCAGGGCGCGCAGCCCACACGCACCGCGGCUCCGGGCUUGGAGAUCGGUGCAGGUUGGGCUCCCGGACCCGGCGGACAGACGCGCGGAGGAUCGUGCUCAGGCUCCGAGGGGCUGGGGUGGGCGGGGGAGGUUUGGCCCGGAGCCUCUGGCGCUACACCCGCAUGAGGACGCGAGUGAAAUAGACCAAGGUGGAAUUUCCAAGGGAGAAGCUUCGGGGUGGUUUUGGUCCAUUUCUCCGGCGAAGAAGUAGACAUGGCGAGCGACUCCCCGGCUCGCAGCCUGGAUGAAAUCGAUCUCUCGGCUUUGAGGGACCCUGCAGGGAUCUUUGAACUGGUGGAACUUGUUGGAAAUGGAACAUAUGGGCAAGUUUAUAAGGGUCGUCAUGUCAAAACUGGCCAGCUUGCAGCCAUUAAGGUCAUGGAUGUCACAGGGGAUGAAGAGGAAGAAAUCAAGCAAGAAAUUAACAUGUUGAAGAAAUACUCUCAUCACCGGAAUAUUGCUACAUACUAUGGUGCUUUUAUCAAAAAGAAUCCUCCAGGCAUGGAUGACCAACUUUGGUUGGUGAUGGAGUUCUGUGGUGCUGGCUCUGUCACUGACCUGAUCAAGAACACAAAAGGUAACACACUGAAAGAAGAGUGGAUCGCAUACAUCUGCAGGGAGAUCUUGCGGGGGCUGAGUCACCUGCACCAGCAUAAAGUGAUUCAUCGAGAUAUUAAAGGGCAGAAUGUCUUGUUGACUGAAAACGCGGAAGUUAAACUAGUGGACUUUGGAGUCAGUGCCCAGCUUGAUCGAACAGUGGGCAGGAGGAACACUUUCAUCGGGACCCCCUACUGGAUGGCACCAGAAGUCAUUGCCUGCGAUGAAAACCCAGAUGCCACAUAUGAUUUUAAGAGUGACUUGUGGUCUUUGGGAAUCACCGCCAUUGAGAUGGCAGAAGGUGCGCCCCCUCUCUGUGACAUGCACCCCAUGAGAGCCCUCUUCCUCAUCCCCCGGAACCCAGCGCCUCGGCUCAAGUCUAAGAAGUGGUCAAAAAAAUUCCAGUCAUUUAUUGAGAGCUGCUUGGUAAAGAAUCACAGCCAGCGACCAGCAACAGAACAGCUGAUGAAGCACCCGUUUAUACGAGACCAGCCGAAUGAGCGACAGGUCCGCAUCCAACUCAAGGACCAUAUUGAUAGAACAAAGAAGAAGCGCGGAGAAAAAGAUGAGACAGAGUAUGAGUACAGUGGAAGUGAGGAGGAAGAGGAGGAGAAUGAUUCAGGAGAACCCAGCUCCAUUCUGAACCUGCCAGGGGAGUCCACGCUGCGGCGUGACUUCCUGAGACUCCAACUGGCCAACAAGGAGCGUUCGGAGGCCUUGCGGCGGCAGCAGCUGGAGCAGCAGCAGCGGGAGAACGAGGAGCACAAGCGGCAGCUGCUGGCCGAGCGCCAGAAGCGCAUCGAAGAGCAGAAGGAGCAGCGCCGGCGGCUGGAGGAGCAACAAAGGCGAGAGAAGGAACUGCGGAAGCAGCAGGAGAGGGAGCAGCGCCGGCACUAUGAGGAGCAGAUGCGCCGGGAGGAGGAGAGGAGGCGGGCGGAGCACGAGCAGGAAUACAUCAGGCGACAGUUAGAGGAGGAGCAAAGACAGUUAGAGAUCUUGCAGCAGCAGCUACUGCAUGAACAAGCUCUACUUCUGGAGUAUAAGCGCAAACAAUUGGAAGAACAGAGACAAGCAGAAAGGCUGCAGAGACAGCUAAAGCAAGAGAGAGACUACUUGGUUUCUCUUCAGCAUCAGCGUCAGGAGCAGAGACCCAUAGAGAAGAAGCCACUGUAUCACUACAAGGAAGGGAUGAGCCCCAGUGAGAAGCCAGCGUGGGCCAAGGAGGUAGAAGAACGGUCAAGGCUGAACCGGCAGAGUUCACCUGCCAUGCCUCACAAGGUUGCCAACAGGAUAUCUGACCCUAAUCUGCCCCCAAGAUCAGAGUCCUUCAGCAUUAGUGGGGUUCAGCCUGCCCGGACACCCCCUAUGCUCAGACCUGUUGAUCCCCAGAUCCCACAGCUGGUAGCUGUAAAAUCCCAGGGACCUGCCUUGACCGCCUCCCAGUCAGUGCACGAGCAGCCCACGAAGGGCCUCUCCGGGUUUCAGGAGGCCCUGAGCGUGACCUCUCACCGCGUGGAGAUGCCACGCCAGAACUCGGACCCCACCUCUGAAAACCCUCCUCUCCCCACUCGCAUUGAGAAGUUUGACCGAAGCUCUUGGUUACGACAGGAAGAAGACAUUCCACCAAAGGUGCCUCAAAGAACAACUUCUAUAUCCCCAGCGUUAGCCAGAAAGAAUUCUCCUGGGAACGGUAGUGCUUUGGGACCCAGACUAGGAUCUCAGCCCAUCAGAGCAAGCAACCCUGAUCUCCGGAGGACCGAGCCAGUCCUGGAGAGCCCCUUGCAGAGGACCAGCAGCGGCAGUUCCUCCAGCUCCAGCACCCCCAGCUCCCAGCCCAGCUCCCAGGGAGGCUCCCAGCCUGGAUCACAAGCGGGGUCCAGUGAGCGCACCCGAGUUCGAGCCAACAGUAAGUCGGAAGGAUCACCCGUGCUCCCCCAUGAGCCCUCCAAGGUGAAACCAGAAGAAUCCAGGGACAUUACCCGGCCCAGUCGACCAGCUAGCUAUAAGAAAGCUAUAGAUGAGGAUCUGACGGCAUUGGCCAAAGAAUUAAGAGAACUCCGGAUUGAAGAAACAAACCGCCCCCUAAAGAAGGUGACCGAUUACUCCUCCUCCAGUGAGGAGUCAGAGAGUAGUGAGGAAGAGGAGGAAGACGGAGAGAGUGAGACCCACGAUGGGACAGUGGCUGUCAGUGACAUACCCAGACUGAUACCAACCGGUGCUCCAGGAAGCAAUGAGCAGUACAACGUGGGAAUGGUCGGGACCCAUGGGCUGGAGCCCUCUCAUGCAGACACCUUUAGCAGCAGUAUUUCAAGAGAAGGCACCCUGAUGAUUAGAGAGACGGCUGGAGAGAAGAAGCGAUCAGGCCAUAGUGACAGCAAUGGCUUUGCUGGCCACAUCAAUCUCCCUGACCUGGUGCAGCAGAGCCAUUCCCCAGCUGGGACCCCCACCGAGGGCCUGGGACGUGUCUCCACCCAUUCCCAGGAGAUGGACACCGGGACCGAAUAUGGUAUGGGAAGCAGCACCAAAGCCUCCUUCACCCCUUUUGUGGACCCCAGAGUAUACCAGACAUCUCCCACUGAUGAAGACGAAGAGGAUGAAGAAUCAUCCGCUGCAGGAAUCCAGAGGUAUCCAGGAGCCCUAGGAAAAGCUGUUCCCCAGCGAUCUCUGAACUUACCACAUAUUUCCCAAAAACAAUUUCUGGCUCUGUUUACUAGCGAACUUCUUAGGCAAGAACAGGCCAAACUCAAUGAAGCAAGAAAGAUUUCUGUGGUAAAUGUAAACCCAACCAACAUUCGGCCUCAUAGCGACACACCAGAAAUCAGAAAAUACAAGAAACGAUUCAACUCAGAAAUACUUUGUGCGGCUCUGUGGGGUGUAAACCUUCUGGUGGGAACUGAAAAUGGCCUGAUGCUUUUGGACCGAAGUGGGCAAGGCAAAGUGUAUAAUCUGAUCAACCGGAGGCGGUUUCAGCAGAUGGAUGUGCUGGAGGGAUUAAAUGUUCUUGUGACAAUAUCAGGAAAGAAGAAUAAGCUGCGAGUUUACUAUCUUUCAUGGUUAAGAAACAGAAUAUUACACAAUGAUCCGGAAGUGGAAAAGAAGCAAGGAUGGAUCACCGUUGGGGACCUGGAAGGCUGUAUACAUUACAAAGUCGUUAAAUAUGAAAGGAUCAAAUUCUUGGUGAUUGCCUUAAAGAAUGCUGUGGAGAUAUAUGCCUGGGCUCCUAAACCAUAUCACAAGUUCAUGGCGUUCAAGUCUUUUGCAGAUCUUCAGCACAAACCUCUGCUAGUUGAUCUCACUGUAGAAGAAGGACAAAGAUUAAAGGUUAUUUUUGGCUCCCACACCGGUUUCCAUGUAAUUGAUGUUGAUUCAGGAAACUCUUAUGAUAUCUACAUACCAUCUCAUAUUCAGGGCAAUAUCACUCCUCAUGCUAUCGUCAUCUUGCCUAAAACAGAUGGAAUGGAAAUGCUCGUCUGCUAUGAGGAUGAGGGGGUGUAUGUGAACACCUAUGGCCGCAUAACUAAGGAUGUGGUGCUCCAAUGGGGAGAAAUGCCCACGUCUGUGGCCUACAUUCAUUCCAAUCAGAUAAUGGGCUGGGGCGAGAAAGCUAUUGAGAUCCGGUCAGUGGAAACAGGACAUUUGGAUGGAGUAUUUAUGCAUAAGCGAGCUCAAAGGUUAAAGUUUCUAUGUGAAAGAAAUGAUAAGGUAUUUUUUGCAUCCGUGCGAUCUGGAGGAAGUAGCCAAGUGUUUUUCAUGACCCUCAACAGAAAUUCCAUGAUGAACUGGUAACAGAAGAGCACUUGGCACUUAUCUUCAUGGCGUUAUUUCUAAUGUAAAAGAACAUAACUCAUGUGGACUUAUGCCAGUCUAGAGGCAGAAUCAGAAGGCUUGGUCGAAUAUACCACUUUCCCUUUUCCUCUCCCUCCACCCCUCCCAAUACAGUCCAUCUUUCAGUGUUGCAGCCUGGUCGAGAAGGAGAGAAAAAGGUGGCAGGAAUGUCCAGGAGAUCCCCAAGGAUGCUGCGUUGUCUGUGGACAAAGAUGGACCAUGUGCCCUUCGGAGUUAGGGAUAGAAACAGAUAUUGUGUGCUCUUGAAUAAGCUGUGUUAUGGUGGCUUUUGAGUUUUUUACCUUUUUUCUUUACUCCCUUACUUUGUAAGAACGGGGAGAGAAUGCUCACUGAGAAAAUGAGUCUGUUUUUAAUUGUCUGCUGCUAGCUUUAAGUAUACAGUAUGUUGUAAAACUUCCAAUUUCCAAUGGUGAGAGACAGCACAAUAAAUGUACUUUAUCUCCUUUCACUGAAGGCCGUAACUGCAUAGUGGGGUAAUUUAAGAACUCUCUUGCCUUCACCAACCCAAAAGGUUGCUUUUUGAUAGCAACUGGCUAAUGAAUUUUUAAAAGAGAAGAAAAAAUACUAGUUUUCCCCUCUUUUGGGAAAUAGAUUUUAAAUGGCUAAACUACUAGCCUUAGUCUAAUAAAAUCAACUACCACUUUUGUGAGUCUGACAGGUCAUAUUUUUAUAUGGCCCUUUAUAGAAUGGAGUGUGUUGAAUAGGAUAGAAAUGCCAUUGAACUGAGUUGGCCUGGCAACUGAGGUGGGACUAUAAUGCACCCUUUCCUCAGCUAUUAUGCAACAGAUCAGGGCAAAAAGGGACGACAGACGGAGUUAGACAGAAAGAGCCUCUGGGAAACAAGCUUAUAUACAUAUAUAUGUGUACACACACACACACAUGCGCGCACGCGCGCGCGCACACACACACACACACACACACACAUUGUUUUUUAAAUGCACAAAGCGUCCCAGCUAAGAGGUCACUUAUUUGGGACUUCAUUUGGACUGAGACUUUGUUUUUUCUGGGAAUUGGGGAGUGGGCGACAUCCAGGCUCUGGACAUUCCCAGCUCUCUCCUGAGGGUGCCACUUUCUCAAGAUGAAAACUGUGACUGAAAAAAAAAAUCAAUAACAAAUGUUUCUGAGCCGCCAGUGUUCUCCUUAGGUCGGUGAGAGAGGGGACUAGACGCCUAAGCCUGCCGGGCUUCGUUGGCUCAGAUUUUAAUGAACUUGAAAGCGAGGCUUCGGCCAAAAUUCUGAGACCCGAAUCACUUUACCUUCCUCCAAAUUACCCAACAUACGGUAAACAACAUUUGUGCAGAGAUAUGUAUGUAUUUAGUUCAGGUUGACUUGUGUCCUUAUAAACUCUUACUCGAAUGAUUUGAACUUUUAUGUGACUGUCUGGGAUUUUUUUUCCAAAGCUACAAGCAUGGCCGCCUGUGGUAUCGAGGUGUUGCAAAAAACGAUAUCUGUGUUGCGCUUCCUGUUUUAACCUACCUCGUUUUGUUUGUUUUUGUUUCACUGUUCAUCACAGCAGUGUUAUCUCCAGGAGACAUAUAGAGAGCUCAAUUGGCAAUCUCAGGAGUAUUGACUAUUUUAAAAACGAAACAGUAGUUGACCAAAUUGUUCUUUAAAAAUUGGGGAGCGGGGGUCCAAUGACAAAAACUAAUGUGGCUUGUUUUGGGAGAAAGCAAUUACCAUAUUGGAUCCAAAGAAAAUCUGUGAUCCUACUGAUUUUGCCUAAAUACAUGAGCAGCUGAUGUACUAUUAAUGAGAACGAAACACAUUAGAAAACUGGUACCAUUUCAAUCCCAUGGUUUGGGGCAAGGGGGAAGGGAGGGGAAAUAAUCCGAUUUCCAGACCAGAUGAUUAUGCCCCCCACCAAAGGUGGUUGUCAUUUACAUCUAUUUUAAGCAGGUGGCACACAGAAAUGCAACUGAGGAUCAUCUUCAGGUGAUCACAAGAGGUCCUCAUUCUGGUCCCUUUAGCUCUCAAAAGCAAUGCACCGUUCCCGUUCUCAUUUUUACUGCCGUGGUUAUGCUGCCGAACACUAUCUUCACAAAUUCCGUGCAACAAAUUCAGCAAUAUCUUUUUGGACUGAACUUAGCAACUACUGUAAUUGGAUGCCGAUGUGGACAAAAUGCAUUGAUCUGGUCUCAUCCCCAGUGUGAUUGCCACCAGCUCUUUAUAUUGCUGCUGUGGUAUUUUAAACCAGAGCUUCUUUAAAUUAUGUUGCAAACUGAUCUUUGUUUUUAUGUUUUGUUUUGUUUUGAUUUCUAAGUGAUGAGUUCAAAAACACACAGCUUUAAAUGAUUUUUUUAUUGUGGGUUUUGGGUACAGUUAAGAAAUAAAAGGGAAUCAUUGUGUUUAAACAUAAGGUAGUUUGUGAAUGUAUUUUUUAAAAAUCUAGAUUCAUUGAAACAAAACAUAAGAAAACAAUAUUAAUGCAGUCUUGUUUACAGUAUGUACAGUGACAUGACAUAGAACAUGAGCUUUUCUGGUGCCAACAACAAUAAAACACAAACGUUAAACAUCAAGCCAUGCCUUUUAUAUUUUUGUACAAAUAUUUUACAUUGAGUAUAAGGCAAAACCAAAUUUAAAUAGGAUACCCACAAAUCUCCUUAAAACAUAGUCAUAGAAUUCCUUGAAGCUUUUAUCUUCAAAGAAAGAUAUUUCCCUAUCAGGACAGGCCCCAGCCCUGACACAGUGAGACCUAGCUCAUGCAGAUUUCAUCAGAAUUAUGUCCUGUGGCUCAUACAAAUUCCCAACUUUUUUGUUUGCUUUAUUUACGGGGGAGGGAGGGGGGUUCUCUUCAUUCAUUUUAAUAGCACCUUAAUAAAAAUGUUUUUAGUUUUGGUCUUCCUGUACAACUAGAAAUUGGUUCAUUUUAUUUUUCUACAAAAUUGGAGAAACUAAACUCUCCUCCUCCCCAAAGUAAGCUUAACCAGAUCCCUCAGGCUUCUUCACUGAUCAUUAUGCAGCAAAAUAAUCAUCCAGCAAAAUCCACCCAGCCUGCCCACACCAUAGUCUUGCUCCAGGUUUUGGCAGGUGAUCACUGUUUCGGGUUGCUGGUCAGGGUACUUAGUCUGGAUUCCUGCACCCAGUGGGUAGUAGAAAUGGAUGAGCUUUCAGGUCCCUUAAUAAUGGGAGCUCCCCAUGCCCCUUUCAUCCAGAUCAUGGUCAGCACACACAAUAUACAUGGAGACAACUUGCACUGUGUUCCACAUAAAAUCUGAUGGCUCUAUUUGGAGAGAUCUCAUUCUUAGAUAAAAGCUUCAAGACCUAGAGCUCUUCACUUAUUGAACAGGAUAGAUUAAAGCAAGGGUAAAAUCUCUCAAGGCCACUCGGACAGGAGCUCCAUUUUUUCUAACACUUUGACAUCACUUUCUAUGAUGCAUUCCUAAAACACUUUGCAUCAAGUACACAUUUAUUAAAAGCAUCCUAAUAUCUGGUUGUCAUGAACUACUAACAAUUUUCUGUCUGCUCUUGUGACUCAUUGGUAAUUGGUGUCUCUGGUCCCUCCUGUGCAGUAGAUUAGAAAGAGGUGUGAUAUUAAGGCUGGAGCCAUUUCGGUAUUGUGCAUUGCCUGAUGAGGAAGGGCUCAAGUCUGACCUCCCAUUCCAAGAAGUUUAAAAAAAAAAAGCUAACCGUACUACUAUGCGUACCAGGUCCCGUCACUGUAUUCUUGAAACGUGGAUGAGCUCUUUGUGUUAGCAGUGUGUGUGUCUUUCAAAGUCUGCUUGAACAGGCAUCACUUGCAUUUGUGCUGGUUGCUUUGAAAUGUAAGAUGUGCUGCAUUAUUUUUAAGCAGGAAGAUUCAGUUAUUGGUCAAACCUUAAUCUUAAACAGGAAAUCAUGAGAACAUUCACAAGGUGCUGAUGGCAAUUCUGAGUCACCCUACCAUGUACCUUUCCAUUGUAGACCUUCUCUGAUACUAUGUUCUGACUAGCUCAACAAUUUAUAGAAGUUGUUAGUUCAUUCCUUAAAGAUUUAAAUCUGAUCAAAUCAAACAAAACAUAGCAAAUGAACCAAUUAAGCAAAAACUGGCUUCUCCUGAGACUACGCAGUGCAACACAAAACCUAAAAUCCAAAAUUCUAAAUUUAAUUUAUUUUUCUUGUCAAUAUUGUCUCAUAAAUGCCUCUGUACUUUGGCCUUGCUCGAUAUAGCAAUAUCAGGAACUCUAUAAUGAGCUGUCCUUAAUGAGUCUCAAAUAACAUGGUUAUGAACUGAUCUUUUUUCGGGAGUCUCAGCAAAGAAGAAUUGCACAUUCAAAACUGAAAAUCUAUACAUUUCUACCAAAUAUUUUCUAAUGCUGUUUUGAUUUCCUUACUGUAUCUUUGUUCUGAUAUUUUUUCCAUAGACAUUUAGAAUAUUCAACAGUUUGCAAAGCAUUAAACAGUGUGAGAUCAUAACCUGUGCUUUGAACUUUAUUCUUCUAGACGUGCCAUUCCACGAAGGGCCAGAAUGCACCAAUUUAAAGUCCCCCAAUGAGUAUUUUUUAACAAAAAUCCCUGGAUAACAUUUGAGCUAUUUAAAUCCAGAUCAAAAUCUUGGACUCUAUGUCUGUGAUGCCAAACAUUUGAAUAAAAACUAGAAAAUAUAGUUAAAAAUAAAAAUGUCCUGAAGUUUCCAGAUUUUUGGCUUUGGGUAGUUAUCCUCAAACUCACUCACUCUUGGCAUGAGAAGGUUUGGUUUCGAUGGUCUAUUUUUAUCCACAUCAAGUUACAUUGCAUUAUUGAAGUCAAGCAAAUGUGGGUGGAAAGGUGAGUUUUCAUUUCUAAAAAUGGAUCAUUAUUUGUAUAUAGCAAAUAUCCAUGCCCCAAUUGCCCCUUGCCCUUCUCUCCCCCCUUGGGGUCAAUGUUAAGGAAUAGUGAUACAUACUAUGGCUUAGGAAAGCCCAGGCAUUACCCUGAAUCAGAAUUUCAAAUGUUGGGUGGCAGCAUGGAAAAAAGAGAUGACAGCCAGGGAGAAAUUUCAAAUUGAAUGUUGUAAAACUAUUUUUGUACAUGUUAGCUGUCUUACUUAUAAUGUUAGCAUAACUGUAGAAAGAUGCUAAAUUUAUGAUAUUGGAAGGAAAAACUAUCAUUUUGCUGUGAUUAGUUACAUCUUUUAAAUCUCCGGGGUUCAGAAGUAUUUUAAAUUGUCAAAAUUUGCUGAGAUUAGAUAUGGUCAUACUGAUGUAUCUUCCUGACAUAUUUUCCAGCCUGAAACUUUUACUUUCCAGUGUUUUUUUUCCCUGCUGCAUAUGAAAACUCUUCAGGAAGUACUUUCCACAGCUGUUCCAAACAGUAGCUAGAAAUGCUUUGGUAGGUUCUAAUUCAAGGUUUUGCCACAUCCAUGUCCUGGAACAUAUUAUGUUUUGCUAUCUCUGUCAAAAUAUAAAUACUGAAACAUUUAUAAUAGUAGGACACCUGCACGUUUCUUAAUUCUUAGAGAUUUCAGUAACCACUUAAACAAUUUUACAAAGAUCCUGGCUUCUCAGUUUCCUUAACUUAUCCAGUGAACAUAUCAUUACUGAUUACUAUUUAAGUAAUAGUGGGCAGUUCUACUGUUGGCUCCAGGUAUGUCCUAUCCAACUUCUUGAAAUAAAGGACAUUAUCUUACGAUAUCCUUCUGUCUCUUGCAUCCCCAGUAUUCCUAUUCUCCUGGAAGACUUCAUGGCACUCUUACUGCAGUCUCUCCUCUUAUAAAGACACUUAUCUCCUCUAACUACCAUCUUAUGUCUGUUCCCCUUGACAGACAAAAACUCCCCAGGAAGAAUUGUGCAUGUUCACUGUCUAAAUCUGGUCUUUUGAACAACUCAAAUCAGUUUUUUGUUCCCACUUAGAAGCUAUUGCUAAGGACACUAGAGAUCUCCCACACUGUCAAAUGCAGUGGUCAAGGUGUCUGACUUCAUGCUGCUUGAUUCAUAUGUGGUCUUUGACAUGGUGAAAACUACUUCCUUCUCAAAAUACUUUCUUGGUCCCGGGACAUCCUUCUCACAUUCCCUAACUCUCUAACCACUCUUCAGUGGAUUCUUGGCUUAACCCAGUACUAGACAAUCCCUCUCUUUCAGUCUUGGGACUUUAAAAAACAUAUACAAUGACAAAACCCAUUUUCAUCUCCAGCUCCAAUCAAUCCCUUUCCUAAAUGCCCAUAUUUCUGUCUAAUGUCCUAGUUAGCAUCUUCAUUUGGGUCUCAAAGUUGAUAUGCCCAAAACUAAGAAUUUGCUCCCUACCCAUCAAUAUAUUGCCACUACAGUCUUCCCUAUGUGGCAAAUGGCUUCUCCAUUUUUCCACACCAUAAAAUCUUAUUGUUACCCUUAAAUUUUCUCUUUCACAUAUCACACCUAAUCCAUUUUUUUAAAAAAAUCGGUUUUCCUUAGCUUCAGAAUGUAUUCAUAAUCCAGUCUGAUCCCAAGCCACUUCUUGCCUGACGUCAUGCUUUUAAAACAUAGGCCACAGUGAUCCCCUGUUGGCUAAGUCCCUUAAUACCUCCCCAUCUUCCUCAGAACAUCAUCAUCCUGCUAGGGCUGAUAAGGCGAUAGAAAUAAUCUGCCUUUCCUUUUGUCCCCAUCCACCUCCACCAUUUCUUUGACCUCACCCACUAUUUCUCUCUUCACUUAGCUCCAGCCACACCGGCCUCCUUACUUCACCCAGAAUAUGCUUAUAGCAAGCCCCUGUCUCAGGAUCUAUGCCCUUGCUGUCAUCCAGUCUGGAAAUCUCCUCCCUGAAUAUGUAGUCUGACUUGCUCUUUCCUUUCCUUCAGGUCUGUGCACAAAUAUUCCUUUCCUCUCAGAGAUAUAAAUAAAAUCACCUCCAGCCCCCCAGUCAUUUUCUGCUUUAUUACGCCUCUGGCUAUCUCCAGUGCUUUAAAGAAUCCCUGACAAGUAGGUCAGUCAGUAAGUAUCUGUUGGAUGAAUAAAUAAAUGAAAUCUUUAAAUGGAGUUUAAAAGCUAUUUAAUUUCAAUGUCAAAAAAAAAAAAAAAAGCUGUCUCCAAAGUUUAUCA